AUGCCAACGCGCACGUUUUGCUCACCACCCUCCAUGUCCCCGACCACCCUUCCCUCCUCGCGGCCACCCUCCCAUACCCUCUCGUGGGCGGCCUGCGUCACCUCCCUACAGGCGCCUUCCCCUCCCCUCAUGGUUUGCCUUCUUCUGCCGUUUUUGCACCACCUCCUCCUUCUCCCCUCACCCCAUCCGCCUCUUCACCCUCCUCCUCCUCCUCUCCCUAUUCUUUCCUCCCUUCUGUGCCUCUCCUCCCAUCCUCCACCUCCUUCCCCUCCACAUCUGCCACCUAGCUGCGUCUGUCCGUGUUUUGUCGCCUUCCACACCUUUCCUCCUCCUCUUCUUUCUCCCCUCAGUGGCGUAGUUGCAGACUACCCCGCCACUAUCCCUCCUCGUAUUUCUCCCCUCAGCGGCGCAACAGCAGACUACUUCGUAGCUAUCCCUCCUCCUCUUGUUUCUCCCCUAAGCAGCGCAGCAGCAGACUAUUUCGCUGCUAUCCUUCCUCCUCUUGUUUCUCCCCUCAGCGGCGUAGCAGCAGACUACUUUGCCGCUAUCCCUCCUCCUCUUGUUUCUCCCCUCAGUGGCACAGCAGCAGACUACUUCGCCGCUAUCCCUCCUCCUCGUAUUUCUCCCCUCAGCGGCGCAGCAGCACACUACCCCGCCAUUAUCCCUCCUCCUCUUAUGCCUCCCCUCAUCGGCGCAGCAGCAGACUACUUCGCUGCCAUCCCUUCUUCUUACCUCCCCUCUUCUCCACUCCUCUGCUUUGAUUCCGCUAUCCCAUCAGCCUCACCGCUCUUCUGCCGCUGUAACCUCUGGUAUUGCACUGCUUCUCAAUUUCCCAUCCCUACGGCUGCCGCUCUCUCACUUCCUCGCACCUUGGAUUUUGUCCUUGACAGUGUUGCUACUGGCUCUGUCUUUCGUGAUGCUGGUGUUCUUCGCAAUUUUCCUCGUCCCCUCUCUAUUGAUGGGGCUGGGGAGACCAUGACCAUGAUCUGUACAGGCACUUCCUCUCUUCCCUGUCCUGCCUCUCCCUCUGGCGCUGUUAUUGGCCUAUAUGUGCACUCUAUUGUGAUCUUCAUUACCACGACCGGCACCUCGCUCGUUUCACCCUUUCCCCUACUACUUGCCUCUACACCCUUCAUGUUCCCAUCCCCUCAUCUGUCCAUCACACUCCCUCCUCUUCUGCCCCUUCCGUCUCCUCUUACGACUGUCGCUCUCUCACCCAACCUACCCUUCUUCUCCAUCAUCGCCUUGGCCUCCUUAACUUCCCUCUCCUUUGCAGCAUAG